UGAGUGUGUGUAUGUGCGCGCUCUGGUGUGCCACAAAAAGAUCCAGUCCCAGUUUGUGCAGACACAGAAACAGAAAGGAGCGGCGUCGUUGUUUGGGGCCAGGCAGGCAGCGGGGGUCGAAGGACAUUGCCGGGAAGAACCGGUAGGCGCAGGGCUGCAGGAGCGGACCCGUGCCGGGCCGACGGGCGGGCGGCUCGGACUGAGCCCAUAGCUUCUCCAGCCUCCUCGCCGGCGCUGCCCGGCCGGCCCCUCCGCUCUCCUCUGCUUAGCGGCGGGAGCCAGUUCGUGGGGAGUCCCAGCAUUUUCCUGGCGCGCUCGCGCGUUUGUGUUUCUGUGUGUGUCAGUGUGUGUGCGCGCGCGUGUGUGUGCGUCUUAGGGAGCGAGGCAGACCAAGACCGAGGGAAACCAGCGAGCGAGCGGCGGGCACGGGACGAACUAGGACAACCUAGGGAUGCUGCUGCUGCUGCUACUGUCUUCGCCGCUGCUUGUUUAGGGCAGACCCCAAGAAGGCUAAACAGAAAGAUGGCAAAGUGGAGUCAGAAAAACAUUUAGUGACUUGGCCCUGAGACCAGACCCUAGGCAAAGUUCCUGACUCCUAAUUUAAUGUUAUUUAAACCAGGUUUUGCUGCAUCUUCCUUCGAUUUAAGGCAUGACCAAGUACGCUAGAUGCCUAUGAACUUCCUGGUCACUUUCCUGCAUUGGAAUUGGAAGGACACCAAGAAAAAGAGUGUAUCCUGAGCAGAGCCGCACCCUGCUUUAGAUUGUGAACUAAACCACCAGGUCCGGAAUCCGCCCCUCCCUGCCCUGAGGUGAUGAUGGAGACCCUUUCUCAAGAUUCUUUGCUGGAAUGUCAGAUUUGUUUCAAUUAUUACAGUCCCCGAAGGAGGCCCAAGUUGUUAGACUGCAAGCAUACCUGCUGUUCAGUUUGCCUGCAGCAAAUGAGGACGAGCCAGAAGGACCUGAGGUGCCCCUGGUGCCGAGGUAUCACCAAGCUUCCGCCAGGGUUCUCCAUCUCCCAGCUCCCUGAUGAUCCUGAGGUGCUUGCGGUGAUUGCGAUCCCUCACGCUUCGGAGCACACCCCAGUCUUCAUCAGACUUCCUAGCAAUGGGUGUUACAUGCUACCCUUACCCAUCUCCAAGGAGCGAGCAUUACUGCCGGGAGACAUUGGCUGCCGCCUGUUACCAGGUAGCCAGCAAAAGUCUGUCACCGUGGUGACGAUCCCGACAGAACAGCAGCCUCUGCAGGGGGGGAUUCCCCAAGACCCGGUGGCGGAGGAGGAGCCAGACAGGAGGGGCGUGGUGAAAAGCUCCACCUGGUCAGGGGUUUGCACUGUGAUCUUGGUGGCCUGCGUCCUGGUCUUCCUGCUCGGCAUCGUUCUCCACAACAUGUCUUGCAUUUCUAAGCGCUUCACUGUGAUCUCCUGUGGCUGAGGAAGGCCGCAGAGUGACAUUUCAUGUGUGUGCCAACUUAGGGGUUGAGAAGGUAUUGGUGAUGGGAUCACAGUGAGGUGUAUACGGCAACACUGACCAAUUGGUGCAGGGCACGGGGCACUGGGGAAGCCACUUAAUUAUCUGAAGAUAGACCCGAAAGGCAGAAUGCAGGACCUCUCAACAAGAUACAGGGGAAAUUGUACUGAGUGACGGUCACAGCUUGGAAGGAGAUUGCAUGCAUCAUCACAAUAAUUUAUUAAAUGAACUGUAAUUUAUGAUUUUAUCAUGUUAAAACAUAUUCUACCUAGAUGUUAUACUGUACAAGUAUAUAUGAUGUGAUCUCUAAAUGCAGUAGAUUAAAAUCAAAAUGCUAUGUAGAGAAGUAGAAUUAAACACGAGAAUCAAUGUAACAGGUAUGCAAUGCUGGUUUCCUUUUUUUUUUUUUUAACAAGAUGGAAACUGUUUAAAACAAGAACUCGGUCUUGAUUUAGUUGAUAAGGCAUUUUUAUACCUUUGCAAUUGCACCUAAAUUAAAAUAAGUUAAAUGGACUAUAGUUUUUCAGAGCAAAUAUUUGGGGGAGGGGGGAGUGUUUCAUACGUGAUGUGUUUGUCGUGCACUAUCCUUUUGUCUUUACCUGUAGUUAAAGUUAUAUGUUUGUUAAAGUGCAGAGCCCUGUAGAGAAGCAAUAAAACGAAUAGCAAGGAAGGAAAGAUUUAUUACUGCAGAAAAUUUGCAUAUCUUUUUUUCCCUCUCAAGCCAUUUUGCAAAACAAGAAUCAGAAGUGUAAAUAUGUGUGUCCAUGCACACACCUGUGUGUUUUAUUUACCUCAGGUUUUAAAAUCCUUUCAGGAAGUAUUUGGGAUGCCAGACCUUUAUGGACAUGAGGGAAAUUUUUCAAGAAGCUAUGUCAUGGGAAAACAGAAUCCGUUCUAUGAAGAAGUGCACAUAUGUCACCUUGAUCCUCUUCUCCUGUAUUUGAGUUUGGGGUUGGAAGUAUGGCAAAAACUGGAAGUGAUAUUUUAAUUUUUUCUCUGAAUAUUGAAUGGUGAUGGGUGUGUUCAGUUAAUGAUAGAUCUGGAUUUAAAAUGAUAGUGACAAUGCGACAAAGCCACUUGGAAUUGUAUUUUUUUUAAUUGUUGGUACAAAAAUAGAAGAGUGUCAAUACAGAAGAAAGCAUCUACAUGUUGAGAAAAGUAGCAUGCUGAUUUAGCUUCAUACAUUUCUGUUUGAAAUGAAAAAAAUCACUGUGUAUUAUCUCACAUGGCCCCAUGGAGGACCUAAUAUUAAAUGAUGGAUCUCUGUCCAUUGCCAUUUUUUUUCCUUAUCAAAAAACCCCAACGAACCUGUGGGCUUGACAAUUCUAAUUUUAGUGAGUUCGGUAAAUCCAGUAACAUAUGAAUAGGAUUUAACUUGUGGGUAUCUCUCUUCAAGUUCCAUUGAACCAAGGAAAAUGAGGAGAAAUAGAAACUGAUAAGCAGGUCCCCAAUAACCACAUUUGGAAAUGUAGUUUAUAAAAUUAUGGAACAAAUUCACUUUUUGUAUUUAGUUAUUUAAGUAUUUUCUUUUCACACAUUAAAACUGUGUAUAACAAUGCAGUAGAGUUCAUCUGAUAUAAGGCAUUGGAAUAAAAUGAAAAAGAUAAUAUUAGGGAAAAUUAGUAUGACUAUUUUAGUAUCAAUGCCUACUUAACAAUUCAGUAUUAGGAUUACUGAAUCUGUUCAAUUCUUUUUCUUGAGAUAUUUAGGAAAUUCAUUUGGAAAGACAAGAAAUUAGGUUAAAAUGCUAUAUUGUAUAACUCAUUGGGCAUUAUGCAAUAGAUAAUCUGGGAAUUAUUUGGUAUUAAUAAUUUAGGUAUCAUAUUAGCUGAAUACUAUCCUAUAUUAUGUAACACAAUAUACUAUUGGGUUAGUGUCAAUUUCUCAUACCCUCCCAGGUUGCUAUAAUGCAUGUCUGACCUAAAUUUCUAACCUAGACAUUUGCUUGUUUCUAUUGCAUAAGCAAAUUGGAAAAUGCAUUUUUCUUUUAAAAAAAUGUUACAUUUCAAAAGAUCUUUACAUACUUCUUAUUUUAAGCUGUGCCAUAUUUUUGUAAAUGUUGGAGACUAAAUUUGUUUGUGUACAGUAUGUAGAAAAGGACUAUCUUGUAGUAAUAACAUAUGAUCUAGUAUUCCCCUUGUGUGGAGUAGGUUAUUUUAACUUUAACCUACAUUUUAACCUAGGAUGUUCUAUGUUUCUUAGUAUGAGACCCAGAAAUAAAAAUUGUUCAGGAAAGUCAUACUUAACAAUCUAAUCCGGACUUUGCACUUAAACAGUGUGAAACUAAUUCAGUCUGUGAUAGAUUGUUGCUCUUGCUACUUUAUUCAACUUUCAAAAAUUGAGAUUAAAAAAAAUUCGUAUUACUCUUGAAUUUUUUAAAGUGGAUUCUGCCUGAAGUUAUUAGUGUACCUGUGUAUCAUUCAUUUUCAUUUGUGAAUAGUCAGGUGUUUAAAAAAAACUAAGGGGCCUACAGAAAUUCAUUUUAACCUCCUGUAUUUGAAUUCAUUUCUGCUGUGAUAUUUACAAUUGGUGUAUCCAAUAUAGCACUACAAUUCUACUCCCCAUAUCAGCUGACUAAAAGACAAGAUUUACAUACACAGAGAUUUUCACACAAAUACAAUUUCUCAUUUUUCAAAUACAAGUUUGAAUGGACUUAAAAGAAUUGAAUGUUAGGGCUAGUAGGGAUCAUAGAAAUCAUUUAUUCCCAACCCCUAAUUUUACAACUGAGAAAACUGAGACUCAGAGAGGUGUGAAAUCAUUUCACACAGAGCCAAGAAGAGAACUCAGGUCUGACUCUGGUCUUUUUUACUCAUUUCAUUGCAUGACAAAAGCAAAAAUAAGCAGAGAGUGCUUAUUUUUAUAUUCACCUGCCUAUUUUUCCAUAGGUGGGCUCUCCUGGAUUUCUGUUGGUACCAUAUUGAUUUUGGUGGUAAUGCGUAUCACUUAUUCACCAGCUGUUCUCUAUUUGGUUUAGGUAGAUUUAUGUAUUUAUUUUUAGCUUAUUCCUCUCUGAGAGACAAAAGAGGGUUUAUUUGGUGAUAUAUAAGUGAAAUGAAAGAAUACUGUCGAAUGACGUGAUUCUUAAAUGCAAGGUUUUAAAAUUGCUUACUAGUCAUUUUUAUAAUGUUUAAAUGAUAUGUAAAGGACUAUAGGUGUUUUGUAAAUAUUCAGCAAACAAGAGCAUGAAGUUUGUUCUUUAUCAGUGAACCUUACUCAAUAUGAAUACAGUAUUAGCAAAAGAAGACUCAAUUCAAAAGUAAAAUUUUCAACCAAAAAAUCCACAGCAUAUUUUUUUUGAUAAUGGUAGAUAUGGCCAAUUGUAGAAGGCAUGCGUUGUGGUGAUAAAGUUUUAUGUGUCAAAACACUAAUGCCAGAUGACUAGAGAGCUGUAAGAUAUUUAGGUUUCUGUAAACAAAAUGAAAAACUACAAAAUUAAAUUUGAGGUUGAUUUAAAUCAUGGGUCACAGCCGGAGCUGUAAUUAUGUGCUGGUUAAUCAUAUUGGCAUUAUUUAUGCAGUUGCACUUUUGAGAUUGAGCUAUGAGGCCUUCGUCUUUGUUAAAGACUGGGUAAUAUGUAGUUGAAAAUCCCGCUUAUUUUCCUCUUGGGGCUAUCAAUGGACUUAAAAUCAAAUAUUUAAAGGAUUUAGGGGUGAAGGUCUACUGAUGUCUCCUCUGUGGUUAUUAGUUAGUUUGCAUCAACAAAUAAUAAAACAAGCUUUGAAUGUCUAUCAUGCCUCUACACAUGGGAUUUUUGAACCACAGUGUGAUAAAAGGCUUAUUAGACAAAUGUGUGAUAUCUCUCUUUGUUAAAUCUAUUGUUACUAAGCAAUAGCUCUAAAAUGUUUUGGCUUACAAGCUGUGCAUGGUGUAUGAUGUGAAAUUGUUUCAGAAUUUUGUGGCCCCCAGAUUAAUGUCUAAUGGAUGAGUAAGACAACCUACUCAUCUCACUUUUCUCCUUUCUCCCCACUUCUAGGUGCAUUGAUGUUUUAGUAAGAUGCAUUUAACUCUAGCCUGUAUGAGAAUUCAAGAGUUAGCAUUUCCUGCAGUGUUUUAAUAGAAAAGAUCUUAAGUUGUGUUGAUUAUCCUUUAAAACCUACCAGCUAGUUGUGGUUGUGCUGGGGUUGCCUGUGUAUAUUUGUAUGUAGAUGUAUAUGUAUACAUAAAUUUUCAGAUGCCAAACUGAAACAGAAAUACUAUUUUGCAUUUUAAAGAGAGGACUAAGUAGGGGACUUUAUUCAGGUUUAUAUUUCAUUUCUCUCUGAAAGAAUUUAGAAUUUUUGACCUCCCAUUGGUUUACUAAUAAAUUCUUUCCUUUACUUCAUUCUCAUAAUUUGCUUGAUUCUUCCUAAAGAAGUCAUCUGAUUUACAAAAAACAAAACUUUACUACAGAAAUACUUAUAUGACAAACAAAGGACAAAAUCAAACGUCAUGGGAUGAUGGUAAUUAAAUCAGAAGACAAGGAUUCAUGUCAGUUUAUUCAUCCCUAUGUGAAGACCAACCUCUUCCCCCAAAGGCUAUACAGUGAUAAUGCUAUAUCUCAUGUAUCUUUUAAGGAUAUUUUCCCUACACCACUUUAUAGUCUAUUUCAGAAUAAUAAUAAUAUUUAUGUAAAAAUUAGUUCAUAUUUUAUUACCUGAAGUAGAAUGAAGAUUCUAAGCAUUUGAUUGUUUUCCCCUUUGAAUUGAGGUUUUUUUUCCCGAUAACUUAUUUUUUCAAAAGAGAUGAGCAAGACUUUUGUCUAUGUCCCCUAGUAGGAAUUGACUUCCUCUCUUGGUGUCCUUUUGAAUUGUACAGAACAGAUACUGAUUUCUUUAAUAUUUAAGUGGGGCAUUAGCUUCACAAAGGUAUAUAAACAGUGACGUAUAAAUAGUAGUUCCAGGAUUUUAUAGCUUUAAGACCUUAAAAACUAUCCAUUCCAACCUCAACCAAGUCAAUUUUACAGAAGUCAAGUCACUUGCUUUAAAGUCACAUAGCUAGUUAGUGUUAGGAACUCAAUGUCUUAUUUGUCUUUUCACCUGAACAGUUUAUUUGAACAAACGCUUGGUACUUCUAAUGAACAAUGAUAAUUUGGAAGUACAUUUCUGAGAAAAACAGAUAAAUGCCACCUCCCCCACUCUUCAUUAAAUAUUUAUUUUGUUUUUGUUACUGAGUGUUUGGUUUAUUUUCAUCUGGGGUACUUUAUGCUAUCUUUUAUUAGUAACAGUACAAGAACAGUUAAUUAUCACUCAUUAAUACUCAUUAAGAAGUCACCACCACUCCCAAGUCAUUCCCUUUAACCAUAUCUCCUCCAACCCCACCUUGUGUUUCUUACCAAAUCCUUUCUUUCCAGUGGUAAAUUUCACUUAGACUGGAGCUUGAACUGCUUUGAAUAAUGAAAUUCAAAAAUAGCUUUUGUUGAGCAUCUGUUGUGUUCAAGGUGCUACAUUAGGUGCCAAGAAUACAGACACAAGAACAAAACAGUCCCUGUCCUCUAGAAGCUUACAGUCUAAUGGGGAGACAAAAUAUGUAAAUAGAUGAAUCAGGUGAAAUGUGUAAAUACAUGAAAGAAACCAGUUGAUCUUUGAUUCCUGAACAAAGAGGGCCAACAUUUGAUGGGUUUCCUGUUUGCAAUAGUAGUGGCUACUGGUUGCCCUUUUCAUCAGUGCCCUUAAUCUAACCAGGAUUUAACACUUGAAAGACAAAAGUAGAAUGAGGCUUAUUAUUUAGUUUAAGAAGUAAUGAGGAUGUGUAUUUUUAAGGGUAUAUACAUUGGCAGUCAUGCUCUUACACUCUUUUUAAAAUCUCAAAACAUUUUUGGGGAGUAUAUUAGUGAAAACUAAAUAGAUUUUUUUUGACAUAGCCAAACAUCAGAAUACAUAUUUGUAUUUAGUUCCAUGUACCAUAAAAGCUAUAAAUUAUAUCUACAUAAAAAUUUUUAGUCAUUUUUAGUUGUGUGCUGCCAAUUAUGUGUAAAAUCCUGAUGGAAAUAUGGUACUUACCAGGUUGUGAUUAUAUGUACUUAAAUGAGUUUGGAUGUAUAGAUAAUUUAUCAGCCAAUUAUCAUGUGCUUUAUUAUUAACUCACCAACUGCAGGGAGUAGGUAUGUGAUAAAAAUGGGUCUAUUACGUGUUUGUGGAGAUUUUAUUCAUAUUGUAUACAUUUUCAGCACAGCAGCCAUUGAUCAAUGCAGAGUAUAACCACUUUUGAGAUUUAAUCCAUAGCCUCCUAAGUGGCUUGUUAGCUUUUGGGCUUUUCAAUGAAGAUGGCAGCACAUGACUUUUGAACUCCUGAAGUGUGAUUGAUCUUUUAAAGUUUACCUCACAUAUAGAGGCCAUUGUUUUAUAAAAGUGCAUUUCAGAGCUUGCCCUGCUGUGUUGUGUUUUCAUGUAAAAGACAUCAUGAUGGUAAAGUGUAUCCUGAGCUCUCUGGAUUAUACUGCAUUCUUGAAAUCAAAGGUGUUGUUAGUGUUACUAAUUAUUAUAUCUUACGGGCAAUCACUUUGCAAUAUAUACCAGGUAAAAUAUUCAACAACUCUUGAAGUUUGCCACAGUGUGACUUUUUUCUUCUUCAUAUUCAUAAGGAUGUUAUGAGCUUAGGCCCUUUUGCCAAACCCUUCUCCAAUAGGUCAUUGCCCUGAAAUGCAUUAUGGUAAGCUACAGAAAUAGCGGUCCAAGGGAAAAAUAAAAUCUCUCCAUUUGUAGCACAUCCCCAGGGAUAUGGGCUAUUGUGGUGUCCUUGUCCUAGGCUGUUUCCAAAGGGGCUCUCACUUUUUCGUUUGAAGUUUACCGUCAGAUGAUCCAUAAGUAUCAGUAGUAGAUAAUAUUAGUGGAGAAAAGAAUUGAAUGGAAGUAAAACAGAUCAAAGAGGCAGGUGCCUCUUCAAUGAAAUCAAUUUGGUGCUGUCUAUGAUAUCUUUUAUUAGCAACAAUUAGCAUGGUGGUACUAUCCUUAUGUUGUACUUUCAAUAUUCUUUGAGGGAUUUUUCUGAAAUUUGCCCUAUGGGAUAUAGUUUACCAAAUGCCAAUGUGUGGGGAGAUACCCUUGGAGAAGGAAAGUCAGUUCUUCAGAGUAGUAAAGUCUGGUAGUGAUGGCUAAAACAAAAGUUGUAGUUGUGAGAUUCUAACAUGACAAGCAAAACUCAGUCGCGGAAAACAGGAAAACCAGUAAUGAACUAGAUAUGCCACAAGCUUCUUUUCAACAACCCUCUUGUUUCAACAGGAUCUUAAAUGGCUUGAAAAUGAACAGCAUGUUCAGAAUGUGCUAACUAUGGCGAGACUGGGAGGAUUUGAGUUAUAGAGAAGCUGGGAGGAUUUGAGUUAUUCUAGCAAUCAAAAAAAGAGAGUCAAAUUGGGCCCUUUUUGUUGAGAUUUUCUAUCCUUAGGUUGCUAACACCCUGGCAAUUUCGGACACAUGACCAAGGCAAAUUGUACUGAAAAAUGCAGACAAACCCCAGCAUCCUUUGAACUGCUUAUUACAUGUUCCUUUGGAUACAUAAGCUGACUUAAAGAGAUGAUUGCAAUUGGAUUUGAGGAAACGUUUACUUUUUAACUUCUAGAGGUUCUAUUUUCUUCUUUUUUUUCCUUGUGUCAUAUAUUCACUACUACUUGUAUAUGUUUUGCUCAUUUGCCAUAUGCAGGUGUGAAGCUGGUUCCACACACAAACUUCCACCCGAAGUCUCAGAGACUCACUGUUCCAUUUGUACGUUCUCAUUCUUCUCUAGCUUUCUUCAGUUGAUAAUAUUCCAGUCAAAUAGCUUAGAUUAAUACUGCUAAGAGGCUGUUAACUCAAGUCUGUGACAUGUUUCAUUUGCAAUAAUGUGGAUAAUUUAUUUUAGAAGCUUUUCUUUAAAGGGGUAAGUAGCCCUACAGAUAUAUGAGCUGCUGGGCUGUGUAGAAAUAUCGUCCAAAUGUUGCCAAAUAUUGACUUUGUGAAGGGGAUAUGAAGCUGCUGUUUAUAAAUCUGAAUGUCUUAAAAGCAUUCUUUGCUUGCUUUUUCUGUCAUAGAUGGUGUCUUAGAGAGUCCUGUGUUUUUUUCUUCCACUGAUCCCUAUUUUAAUAUAUGGUAUUUUUGUAUGCCAGACUGAUGUCUUGUCCUUUGUAUAUGUGGCAAUGUUGAUUUUAUGACAACUGUUAAAACAUUUGUUAUGAUUAAAAUUCUUAAAAUGA